UAGUUGUAAAAAGGAAGCAAAAGCAACAAACCAACCUAUUUAUUCGAAAGCCCCCACAUAGCGGGCUCUAGGCGUAAGGCAGGCCGAGAUGGACCGUUCGCCGAUUCCAAACAGAAUACCUUUUGUCCCUUUGCAACGUAAAGAAGAAAAAAAAAGAAAACUGCAAAUCAAAACUCUCUCUCUCCCUCACCCACACUCUCACGCAGACAAGCAUCCUUUCACUAGAAAUUGAUAGAUGAAAAAUGAUAGGUAACGGUUAAGGAUUCUUUAAAAUUCGCGGUAGCGCGUAGCGGUAGCUAAAACGACGGCUAACAAAACAACGUACUAACUUUAACACUCAAGGCAGUUUAGACCUAACUAAGCAAUUAAGCAUUCGAAAACUAACCUUUAUCUGAACAAAAAAAAACACACACAAUUAGGAUAGCGCUAGGUUAAGGGCUCUUUCGCUGCUUUCACAACAGUUCUCCACGCGACCUGCAGCUGCAACACUGUGAAUAUAUCCAUCCUAUCGUGUGGAAGAAGCCUAUGGAGGAGGAAACAAACACCAGUAUUGGAACCUGAACAGCAAAGUGGUAGGGAAAGUGGUUGAAAUGUGCAACAAAAAAAAACUGUCACGGUCUCGUUGUUGUCUAACUUCCUCCUAUCCAAACUGUUAGUUAACGGAACUAGAAACUCAGAAGCACGUUGUUUGAUUGUUUAGCGGAUAAAGUUGCGGCAUGUUUGAAGGUUUAAAUUUUCGAAGGUUACUUAGACUUUCCACGUUUCUCGAUGCAGUCUACUCGCUUGUUGCUUCCGACACAGCCGCUGCUACUAAGCAGCAUAUACAACAACAUUUUGUGGGCUUUUUCGUGUAUGGAACACCUAAAGUUUGUUAAUGUUUUUUGCGGAAACACUUUGAACACAGUUCAUGGAAAAAAAACGAAACAGAACAUCAGGGCAGAGGAUGUUUGCUGCUUUGCCACCGGCACGUGUUUAAUUUGAAGUGACCUCAGCUCUUCCAAUCGGUCUCAUCAAUUGCUCGCCACCGAACUGUCAAGCCCGCACCGUCGCGAUGCGCACCAGUGACGCAAAGCGUCGCACCAGUCGCACGAUCCAAAUCAUCUGAUUCACUUUCGUGCGCAGCGUUGGACGUUGGAAAAUGUGUCUCGUAAGUUCGUUCGUCGACAUUCAAGCCGUCAAGGUCCUAAUUGGCCCCCAGGGGGGGGGGGCGGUUGGGACUGCGAAAACCUCGCCCCCUCCACCACUCUUUUCGACGGAUCCGCGGCCGGGCGUGACAGAUGAAUGCAGACACAUAAUUUUACGCUGGCGAGUUGUUUCAAAAGUUGCGUUCGUCGCAGUAGCCCUGACACAGUUUGGUCACCUGCAUUCGACCACCAACAAUUUCCCCAGAAGCAACGGUUUGAGGUCGACGGAUUUAUUUUUGAAGAUCGUUUUUUUUUUUCGUUAUCAAGCUCCGAUUCGAAACCAUCAUGGUGGAGUUCUGUUUAUGAUGCAAACAGUGAGUGAUACCGUGUAAAUGAAGAACCAUAUCAAAGAGAUCGUGUCGGUUGUCAAGCGAUCUUACUUUAGUGCUCGAGGCACUGCUCAUUGGGAAAAAAAACACGAUAAACACUAAAAAGCGUUUGUAAAUGCAGCAUAAGAGAAGGAAAGGCGUGAAGCAACAGACGGGUGGCUGGAACUAAGCAAUAGUUGAUGGAGAGAAUAACAAAUGGCUGCAAACCUCAUACGCGCAAGAACAAUGCUACACCUUUCCGGCCAACAACACCCUUUACUGAUCGGCACUGACGAGGCGAGUCAACGCAAAAAAGAAACGGUGCGCGGUGGCCAGUACACUCUGGAGUGAUCUAUUGAUGAAUUUAUCUAGCUAGAAUCCAAGUAGAAAAAUCCACAGAGCUGGGAGAAUCAAUUUAGAGCACGUUUAGCUUCCCCUUUUUCCAAACCAGGCCACAAUGCCCGAUGCGCUGCUCCACACCUGCUCUGAAUCUUGCUGUCUCUCUCUCUCUCCUGCGGCUACACUCUGCGACUCAAAGUCACUUGGGAGGGGGCACGUCUUUUGGGGCAGUUAAAGACGACUUGGAGGGAAAGGUAUAUAUUUUUAUAAAGUGUGAUAAAGAUGAGCAGCAGCAGCAGCAGCAAAAACCAGGUCAUGAGGUCUGUGAGUACAGGGCAGGGCUGCAAGCAAUCACAUCACCAUCACCAUCCUCCCUAGAACUCACUCGCCUAUUGCUCGCCAGGUUGCUGACUAAAUUCUCGAUAGAAGAUUAAGAACAUUAAGCACCAGCACACACCAACACACCUAAACAGACACUUUUUCUCAAAAACACGUUCAACUCGCACCGGAUAGAGUACUCUAGUAAACAAUCUAUGAAACUCUUCUUUCAGUAAAAACAAAAAACAAUUCUACCACAAAGAGUGAGCUCUGAUCCGAUUCCACGGUUCGUUUCCACUACAGGUAGCAGGCAGUAGGCAGUACGUUGGCUUCUAUCAGUCCGCUAGGGUGGACCCCAAAAGAAAAUAGAAAAAAAAAACAUUCUCCAGUAUUAUCAGAGCCGAGUACUACACACAGUCGCACAUCACAACACCCUCUCACUUUUGAUAGAUCCUUAGAUACUUUUUCUCAAAAACUUUCAAACCUAGCUCAAAUCUAUGGGCACUUAGUGUAGAGACCGUCGGAGGGCCAGGGUGCUGGAUGUGGUGUUGGGCAGAGCGUUUUGAAGCCAAUUUUAACCACUUUAAUAUGCAGGAAAGAGCAAAGGAAGAAGGGGAGAACAUCUUGUAUAAAUAGCAAAACUGUUACUGGUUACAUCUUUUUUCUUCUCCCCUCCCAUCACCCCCUUUAUCGAACGAUCCGUGGUAUCCGCCGGAGAUGAUGAGAAUGAUGCUGGAAUUAAGAUUGAGCGAAUGGCAGAUUGGAUGACUGGAUGGAGCGAUGUGAAGCGCGAAAAGGAGCCACAAAACAAGAUUAAAUAAAUGAAGCUUUAAAGUAAAAAUCGAAGGUAAACACUAUUUUAAAUGAAUAACACAAACCGUUCCGAUAGAGAGACUCUAGUAGCGUACCAGGGGGGGGCAUCUUUCUUCACCUUCAACCAAGAAGCUUCAGUGGGAUGCAGCGGACAACACGGUCGCUGUCUAAAAGUCUAGAAGAAACCUGUGGUUAGAGAGUGAUUAGCGCACUAGCCGCUAGGCAGCUAGGCCGAAGAACAACAACAAAAAAAAAACACCAAGCAACGACAACAGCAACAUGCUGCAACAGAGAGAGAAAACGGAGAGAGCCAAGCAACUCAAAACACUUAUUUAGCUUCCUGCUGCUGGUGAUGAUGGCGAGUGAGGAAUACUCGGCCCCGAGCCUGGGCCAAAAGCGUCUGGAAGAGGAACACAACUAUAACUCCAUUCUUGUCCUGGUUUUCCUGUGCUUAACCCCGCCCUCCGUGUGCUCGAAAGCUUCCGUUCCAGGUGCAAGCAUGAAACGACGAGACUCCAACGCCCGGAACACUCUACUAGAGAGCGCUUGUGGCAGCGUGAAAACUCCCUCCCCCCACCCCCUCUUUAGGACUCAGGUCCCCCAGUCUCAGUCCCAAAUGGCACCGCAAAAAUCACAGGAGAGAAUUUUGAAGAAAAGUCUGAUCAUUUUCUCUUUCGUUUUCCGUUUCGGACACAUAACUCUAGUAGAGCCCCAAAAGCACCUAAUCCCUAUACCGCUGUACCGGUGUAAAUGGCGGCGGGGUUUUAGUUCUUUCGCAAGAGAUUGAUUACUAUUUCCAUUUCCAUGCCCGAGGCACCACACUACUGUUCAUCGGUUAGCGAGCGCGAUUCGUUUCUCGGGUAGUGAUAGAAGUCCGGGAUUAGCGGAGAAAGAGGAAGAAGAAACCGGAUGAGAUUGUUAAGCUUAUAUUAUAAUAAAUUUGAAGAGAUUCAACAACUCAAGAUAACUGCAGGCGCGAUGUUACUCACAUCGCAUUCGAAGGAAGGAAAAGUUCUCGUGUUCUUUCUCUCUCUCUCUCUUAGGCCCGUUUAGAUAGACCUCUUUAACACUUUCUUCCAAAAACAAACGAAACAAAAUGCAACAAAAAAAAACAACAUCAAAAAUAAGAAGAUGAAAAAAUCUACAAAAAACUAAAACUUAAAAACUGAGAAGAUAAAAAACCCAAACACACAAAAAAAGGAAAACAACAACAAGCGACGCGAGAAGCGGCGAGAAGGGUAUAGCUUUAAGGGCAUCCACAGUUUUGCACUUACUCUUAGAAUAGAAUACUUCAAACAAACAACAACAACAAAGAAACAAACAAAAAAAAACUUUCAAGGCAGGCUCCUAACUUGCUUUUGCUUUGUCUUCACGGAAGCCAAAACACAAAACAAAUAAACGAAUAGCAGAACAAAAGCAUAUAUAUAUAUACAUAUAUACAUAUAUACAUAUAUAUAAAAUUCGCAUUACGCAUAAGCCCAAAACACACCCUACAUACAAUUAAGGUACUGGAUGAAGUGAUGGGAAGGAACUAAGUUAAGGUCCGCCGCCAAUCACGGCGAACCGAACGAGAGAGAGAGAUUAUAAUGAAGCCAGGAGGUGGAAUCGUUAGUUUAAGAACGUUUUUUCACUUUCUCCUAGUUGGAUAAGGUACGCUAACGCGCUAACACGCUAUCCAGUGUCCCCAGUGACCACCCGAUUGAGCAACUGAAGGUCCGAACCUUGGCCAAACGGCACCGGGACACCUUGAGACACACCAUCAAUGGCCGGGGCGUUAUAUACAAAUGACAAACACCAAAAAAAAAAAAAAAAGAAAACAUAACCGAAAACGCGUGAACAUUGGUUAAUGAAAAAGGUUGCUGAUGAUUUGAUGAUUUGGAUAUGUUCCAAAUCCCAUCUCACUCCCUCACUCACUCACUCUCUAACGGUUUGUGACAUUCUUUCAAGUAACAAACAGAAGAUGAAGAAAAUAAAAUUGAAGAAAUUGCGCCAACGAAAAGGCCUCUUACUAAUCUUUAACGCUGGUUUUCAAAACUUAAAAAAAAGCAAACGAAACAAAACUUAAACCAACUCUACUAAAUGUUUGUCACACUUGCCGCAAACACACACUCAAACACACAGAGACACACAAAAAGGUCGAGAACGGGAUGGCGAGGAAGGAGUAAAACAUCAAAAGCGUGACAGCGGGGUAUCAAUCAAAAGACAUAGCCGAACGAGGAUCUGGUGCUAUGAUGAAAUGAUGUAAACGUAGCCGCGCUUCUCUUUAUCACGCAAAAGAGACCAACUAUCAACGUGUCCGGUCCAGUGUCCGGGGGGGGAUAGAUCGAUGCAGCAAUCGAACGAAUUGGAUAAAACUUGAUAAGAAAGCAGUCAAACUGCACCCGCUGCAAGACAGCAAAAAUACGCCCAAUUAAAGUGAGCUGCAUGGAUACAUACACCACACAGACACAUAAACACACAUACAGACAAAGAGACAAACUCACAUUUAUCUCCAUUUCUUCUUUGAGACAAUGUGCAACAAUGUGUUAACAACAACAAGUUAGAGCAAGAGUUAAAUGGAUUGGCGAGAGGCGUCCCAGAACUCCUCCGAACACCUGUACUAGGGCGAGGUGCGGCGUUUUGGUGAUGAGUACACGAGAUUCUUGUGUUCUGCCGUUGCGUUACAUGUGUAAUAUAUAGAUAUAUUUGUUACUGAACACAGAGAGAGAGAGAGAGAGAGAGAGAGAGAGAGAGAGAGAGAGAGAGAGAGACAGAGAGGGCAAGAGGAAGGGUCACGCACGGCAUCAAGAGAUCGAGAUCAUAUCCUCCGCGUGCUGCACAUCCUGCCAUGUAAAAAGCUGUUUAUGAUAAGACCAUCAUUUCGGGUUGAUGAUGAUGAUGGUGGUGGGCGUUGGUGACAGGUAAGGCGAGAAAGCUUGGCCCUAUUGCUAACCAUUUCCAGAUUGUAUUAUAAAAGCUUUCACGUAGCUGCUGCAGAAGCGCUUGCCGGGGGAGGCAACCAGCAGGGAUGCCAGUGAUUACUAUGAUUCUUAUCAUCUCGCUAAACAAUUUCAACGGUUCAUGCGCUAACUUACCCUUCCUCGUGAUGUUGAAGAUGCUACUUGAACAUGGCCAGUGUAUUAUUAUGAUUACGCUAUGAUUAUUGUGAACCAUUAAUAGAUUGUUUUAUUUAUCGCUGUGCAAGCGCCACAGACGAAAGAACGAAACCAGAACACACAAACACAAACACACACAGAACAGACACAUGGAAUGGAAGGGACACCAAAAAAAAAACACACAUGAACGAACGAAAGGAAAAAGAAAUGGAAACCGAUGGGAAGGUAAAGGGCGCGCAA